CUCGGNCCACCUAAACCUAUUUAUGGCCCUCCGCACUAUACAUUUCCAAUAAAACCUCAGUAUGGGCCCCCUAUUAAACAUUCCUUCAACUUUAAUAAAUUUAAACAUUCAAUCAAACCUCCUAGGCCAAUAUACGGCCCACCAAAAUCUGUGUACAUACCGAAUAAGUACAUGUUCAUGUAUGGAAUUCCACAAGUGUAUGGGCCACCGAAACCGCCAAUCGGACCACCCAAAACGUUGUAUGGACCACCGCCAAGCAUUAAAUAUGGUCCUUUACCAGAUCCGGUACCCCACGCGCCACCACCAGGUGUACCAGCUCCACCUACCCCACCAGACAUAAAGUACGACGGAUGGCAACCAAUUCCCGGAUUAGUGUCACGCCCACCUUCAGGAUCAUACGGAUCUCCUGAUGUGCAACAGGUAGAUGGACAGCAGUACAAUGUUGACCUCAUUCCGCCACCAUCUCAGUUAUACUCAAAUCCAACCGGUGUCAAAGAUUCGUACAGCGCGCCCUUAAACACUGUCACAGGUUCAGGUGGAAUCAUAAGUUCUUCCGGUGAAGAUCAUGGAGGUGGAAGAACAGCAGAUCCUAGUGAAAAAGAUGUGUCAGUAAUUAAAAGUAUCGGAUAUGAGAUCUUUGCGACUCCUGGAGUUGGAGGCCUUUCAAGUUACAGCACAUCACCAUUAACAUACACGAGCGAUUCUUACAGCGGCAUUGAAAACUUUUCAAAUUCGAUAUCUUCCGCAUUUGAAACUACUUUAGGCGGGAUAAAUAGUAUUGGCUUAAUACCUCCGUCGGGUGUGUAUGGAACACCCCCUAGUGGAUCAUACGGAACUCCACUCAUUCAAUCUCCUAAUAAUCAUAUCGCAUUUCAAGAUCACACGUCAACAAUUGAUUCUUCAAGCAUUUCGAUUGUUCAAAAUGAUGCGCACGCGAAUAUCGAAAACGGCUACCAACCACCUCCAAGUGAAGUGGAACCUGGUAAACCCUCAACACUGUACACGCUUCCAUCUAAAAACCCAUCGUCAUUCCAGAACUACUUUCAAGGUUCUUCUAAUGAUGGUUUUAACGUAGACGUUAACUCGGCGUUUAACUAUAACAACCUAGGCCCCGUACCUCUCACUAGCUACACAGCUCCUUUGGGUAUAGUGGAUGGUUCCUAUGGCCUUCCCCAUACACACAUUCAAACACCUUUUGCUUCAAACCAUGAAUUGGACAGUUUUGCUGCUACGCAGAAUCAUGCAGUAUCUGUCGUUGCACCGUAUAUACCAUACCAAAGCACUGGACACGACUGCUCCCAGAAAUCAGCGCCUUUGCCACCAUUAUCCUUUGGAGUGCCUGCAGCUAACUCAUACAGCGCAUCCCUUGCAUCGCUUAAUACCAACAUAGCGGGAGCGCAUCAAGGGUCUAUUUCUGGAAUCGGCUAUGGCGUCCCUGACUUGCAAACAGCUUAUUCGCAAAAAACUAACACCGUCAGUAACAGCAGCGAAGCUCAAAUACAACAAGAAGGGCGCUCUCAAUCAGAUGGGCGGAGUAAUGAAAUACUACCAAGUAUACCAGAAGGAAGUGAAUUGAUAAAGAGCCAAAGCGUCGAUUUGAAUAAUAUUCCACUAAGGGGAGCGUUGGGAAGCUACACCUUACAAAUUCAAUCAGCAGAUGGCGGAGAAUCACGAAUUCCCCAUAAUCAAGUGCUAAAUGAUGGUUUAUUGCAGUCCAUACUAAACGCAAUUGAACAACCCCAGGAAAAUGCCGCUAACAUACUUUCUCAACCACUGCUUCACCUUCAGCAAAUACCUCCCAAGGUGCCACAGGACUUUACCUUUCAAUCGAACGCAGCUCAGAAUGCGAUUACGAAAAAUAUCAUCGUAACUCCUCCGCCUUUGCAAAGAAAUAGAUUGGAAGGGUUUAUGCAACUGCAAAGUGGAAACCCAGCAAUUGACAGUAACGAAGUGGCGGUGUAUUUUAAUAACAAGCAGUAUGCAAAUUCCGAUGCAAAUAACAGUCGUAAAGUUCCACAAGUAGUGGAGGACAACACUCUGGCGUAUAUGAGCAGAGGAAAUUCUAGUUACACUUACGAAGAUGUAAAUCCAAGAUCGUCAGAGAUACGGGCGUAGUGCUUAAAGUGAAUAUAAACACUUCCUAUCGUUUGUGCCGUACACGGAUUGAAAGACUGUUGUGUUGUGAGUGAAACACAAAUUUAAUAGGACCUUAACCUCGGUUUAGUUUUAAAGUGUUAGAAUAAGUAAUUUAUCUUUGUUAAGAUUCUGAAUAUCUUUUGAUUAUACUUAUGAAACAAA